AUGUCUCUCAGAAUCCUUCGAAACUCAACCCUCCGCUACUCCCUGUCGCCCCUCCUCCGCGCCAGCUACCACAAAGCCCCCGAAGUGUAUCCCACCAAGGGCGAGGACGGGAUGUUCUGGAUGCCCUCUCCGUAUCCCGAUGACUAUGAGUAUCCGACGAUGAUCAAGAAGACCAGCGCCAAAAACGAGCAUGAGAAGUGGGAUGAGAUCGACGCGACCUUUAGCGAGGCGGCGAUCAAGGCGGAUCGGGGCGACGUGCGGUUCGAUAGGCACAGGACACAGGCGCGGCGCCAAUCGGUCGUGGAGACGGACACGGAGCCGAAUUUGCAUGAUAUGUAG